UAGUUCCUCUCGUUACCUUAAUAAAAACAACACAAUGUCAACUUAUAAGUUCAAUUUUUUACUCCUUAUACUCUGUUCUCUUUCUCUGUUCCUAAAUCAAUCCUUGUCCAAUACUGAUGAUCAAGAAACAAGUGAUCAUGACAUAAAUUGGUGGUGUAGUAAAACUCCUCAUCCUGAUCCAUGUAAUCACUUCAUGUCAUCCGGUGAUGUCAAACCCAAAAAUAAAUCCGAGUUUCGAACCAUGACGGUCCAAGUGGCCAUGGAUCAUGUCAUUCAGGUGCAGAGUCAUGCAAAGAAUGUAAGCCAAAAUUGCAGGGGAAAACGCAAGAAGUUAGUGUGGAUGGAUUGUGAAAAGCUCAUGGAUGAUACUAUCCUCCAAUUGAACCGUAGUCUCGAUGGCAUCAAGUCGAAUUCAAGUUCUUGUUCUGAUUUUGAUGCACAAACUUGGCUAAGCGCCUCGUUGACAAACAUCGAGACCUGUCUAUCAGGAUCGAAUGAUCUCAAUGUUUCCAACAUCCUCCAGCCGAAUUUAUCCACUAACGUUUCUCAGUUGAUUAGUAAUUGUUUAGCUGUGAACGGGGAGUUCAUGGACGCGGAAAAUACAACACAAGUUGGUGGAUUUCCCAAUUGGCUUACGACUAGUGAAAGAAAGUUGUUGCAAACCUCGUCGAUAGACUUGAUGGCUACGAAGGCCAAUUAUGUGGUGGCUAAAGAUAAAUCGGGUGGUUUUCGGUCAAUUCAGGCUGCAAUAAAUUAUGCAGCGUCGAGGAGAGUUGGAAAUCAGAGAAUCGUUAUAUAUAUCAAAAGGGGUGUUUAUAAGGAGAAUAUUUUGGUAGGUCCUACAAUGGAUAAGAUCAUGUUAGUUGGUGAUGGCUUGAAAUACACUAUAAUCACAGGAAGCCGCAGUGUUGCUGCUGGUUUCACAACUUACAGUACUGCAACUGUUGGGGUGGAUGGGAUUGGAUUCAUUGCUCGAGGCAUCACAUUCCGAAACACGGCAGGGCCACAAAACGGCCAAGCAGUAGCUCUACGAUCAGCAUCCGAUCUAUCAGUGUUCUACGGUUGUGGUUUUGAAGGCUACCAAGACACUCUCUUUGUCCAAUCUCAACGACAAUUCUACAAAUCAUGUUAUAUUUACGGCACCAUAGAUUUCAUCUUUGGCAACGCCGCAGUUGUUUUCCAAAAUUGCAUGAUUUACGUCCGUAAACCUUUAUGGGGACAAGUUAACGUGAUCACAGCACAAGGAAGAAAUGAUCCUUUUCAAAACACAGCAAUUUCAAUUCACAACUCUAGGAUUAUGGCAGCUUCCGAUCUUCUUCCAGUAAUUGGAUCGUUUCAAACAUAUUUAGGACGCCCGUGGCAACAAUAUUCGAGAACGGUUAUUAUGAAGACUUAUUUAGACACUUUGGUGAAUCGAGCAGGCUGGUUGACUUGGUUAGAUUCUAAUUUUGCUUUGAGUACAUUGUACUAUGCGGAAUAUGGUAAUAUUGGACCAGCGGCUUCGACAAGGUAUAGGGUGAAGUGGCCUGGUUAUCAUGUCAUAAAGAAUGGGAAUGUUGCUUCUAAGUAUACUGUUGCAAGCCUUAUAGCUGGCCGGGCGUGGUUGCCUUCUACUGGUGUGCCAUUCACUGCGGGGUUGUGAAGAACAAGUGUUAUUAUUAUUACACUCUUUUAUUUGGGUUGUUAUUUUU